AUGACCUUAGUGGGAGCUAACGACGAAAAUACAUUACCAAUGAUGUUGGGGGUACAGCAGCAUCACCACCACAGUGGUUUACAUACAAACAAUAUCACCAACAACACCGGCAUCAAUGUCCAACGUGGUAACGUGAUUGUCUCGACAGUUGGUGUUACAACAAAUGACUUGAAGAUUCAGAAUUGCAAGAGGAGCAAAGUGUACCAGGCAACCCCAUAUGGAACAGUACCACAUCAGCCAGCAUCAGUGGCACGUAGAAAUGCAAGGGAGAGAAAUCGAGUUAAACAAGUAAACAAUGGAUUUGCAACAUUACGCCAGCACAUACCCCAGAGUGUGGCACAGGCACUUGGUGGUAAUACAGCUGGUACACACGGUGGUACCAGAGCUGGAUCAAAGAAAUUAUCAAAAGUUGAGACCCUGAAGAUGGCAGUUGAAUACAUAAGAAGUCUCCAACGUUUGUUGGACGACGAUAGCUCGGACACAAGCAGUGCACCAUCAACAUCACCAUCACCAGUGUCAUCAAAUUGUGGAUCAACAUCGAGAAUUGAUAUGCACACAAAUGAGCUGCAUUCACCGCAUGUUACGGAUAUACAUCGACAACAUCUUAGGCAGAAUCCAAGCCCGUCGUCCUUCGUACCAGCGCCAUGCUCCGAGGCAUCCAGUUCACCGACCCCGAGUUUCAUCUCCGAAACAUCGUCCGCUGGUAGUCAGGGAUAUGGUAGUACAUCAACAGCACUGUAUCCAUCCCACAACGAUAGCUAUGAUAAUUAUGGUCCAAUGAGUCCUGAGGAUGAGGAGUUACUUGAUGUCAUCACCUGGUGGCAGCAGAGCCAAUGAGAACCGAAUAUUCACGCUCCAUCGAGCGUCGUCGAUGAUUCUCCAGAAUUGUCUUUGGAGAUGUCACUGACGGGGCUGAACCAGGUGGAGGUUAAACAAAAUUCACUCGGGCUGUUCCAUCAACUGUGAUCUAGUCAUGUACACUCUGUACAACAACCUCUAUGUGCUUAACAAGAAGGGAAAUAAAAAAUGAGGGAGAUGACGGGAGGUGCCUCGAUACCCUGCUGAGAAUAUACCUUCCAACAUUCACCAACUUUUUAGUUGAACUCGUUGAAACACCGAGUUUACGAGUCGUCGACAAAUUUUUGUCCGUACAAGAAUAUUUUUUAACGAAUUCAAAAAGAGACUAUGUACAUAAAUUUUUUUUUAAUUCUAUAAAUAUUGUAUAUUACGUUAAUGUUAAGAUAUUUUACGGAAUUUAAAUUGUAAGAUAGAGCAGAGAGAUAGAGCGGAUGAACGAGUAGAAUUAUAUCGAUUCAUGGAUUUGCCGAAGGCAGUGAAUAAUAAAUAUUAAUUCACUCGAAAUUCCAAUUCGCUCAGUUAUUUAUGAAUGAAUCGUUUAUUUUAGUGAAUCAGUUUCUCAAUUCGUCGAUGAAAAAUUGAAUCUUCAUUAAUUCGACUGAAAUGCCAGUGCCUUAUGUAUGAUUUUGUAAUUUUAUCGGCUGAUAAAAUCGUUAAAUAU